AUGGCCAUUCCAUAUCCCGAGGGAGAAGUUUUCUUCGCGCGCAGCGUCCUACGCAACAAAGACCCCGCUCACUACCAGGCCGACAACCCCGAGCACUUCUACUCCCACUUCAUGGUUGAGUACAUCUGGAACGUCGAGGCUGACCACGGUUCCAAGAAUGCAAACUCCUGGACCGGUCACUAUCACCAGCGCUCUCCCUACGCCAUCGUCACUGGUAGUAGUUGGAACACCCACUACGGAAACUGGAAGCAGUUGCCCUUCAGCUACGGCCCUCGUGAGACAGAUAUCAGAAGACGUCUUGAGCAUAAUCUUUGCACGAAUGGGAAUCGGUUCAAGAACCAUGAGAAAGGGGAUGCUGCUGAGGCUUGGUUUAUGACCAUGCCGAUGCCGACCAAAGAGGAACGAUGGGUCUGGAUUGAUCUGCUUGCCCGCAUUCGAGCCAUUUACAUCCCUGUAGCAUUCUCAGCUAGCAAAGACCAUCCCAAUCUCAGCAUGUGGCUACAGGUAUCGUUCACGCAGAACAGAACCGUGGACAUCUGGCGCGGAGGCUCGACUUUCAUGGGUCACGAGACAAGCACCACCAGUGGCCUUGACGUAUGGCGUGAACAUACCAUCGGGUUCGACAUCACGGGUUUGACUGAGCUUUUGAGCUGCCCUCGUCAGUUCCGCAAGGUAAACCCCUACGAAGCCAAGUUCAUCAAGCUUGUCCAUCGCGACAAUAUCCGAACUGUGCCUGUUAGAGCCUCGUACAGCGAUGCGUACGAUUUUAGCUGGCUUACCAUUGCACAAGCGCACAGCGGUCUGAACAUCGAGUGGGGUAAGGGCGAGAAGGGAAGUUGGUUUGAGGAUUUCUUCAAGAACGCCAUUACCUUCGGUCUAGGAUUUGUUCCGGGCGUUGGACCUCUCCUCUCCAUCGCAUUUAGCCUAGGAUGGACGGCCGUCGUCGACCCUGAUCGGUUCAUGUACGAGCUAAGUCUCUGGGCGCCGUCGGUCAAAAUCCCGGAGCUGUUUGAGGAUGACGUUCGCAAGAACUCGGCCGAGAUCAGAGGACUUACCCAUGAGUCCUUUUGGAAUCUGGGGCCUGCUGAGGCUCUGGCUGAGAUUAAGAAGUUUGAGGAGGAGGAGGAGAAGCAGCACAAGGUUUCGGGAGAGGUUAAGUCAUACUUUCAGCUGGCGCAUGAAGUACUCCGUGUUGACGAGGCGAAGUAUGAUAAGGAUGCUGAUGCUAAUGAAGAGCCUGGCGAGGUUCUGGUGGAGGUACCUCCUCAAGAAGGCCCCAUUAAUGGCCAGGUUGCAGGAGACAAGGAGUAG